CCAGUGCGCGACGUCUUUCUGUCAUGUGUGCUUUUUUUUCUUUACGCAUCGCGUAAAAAAAGUUGUGCCAACUCGAAGUUGAGGUCUCCUGUUGGAAAUCUCCCCUCCUCAAAGAAAACUCUUUUUUCUUUUUUCACUCCGGGCAGGGAUCGCUUCCACGGAGCCGUGCGUGGAGAGCCAUCCGUUGCAGUCGCGUUAUCGAUCUGUCAUAUUCUCUAAUAAUUCUCUUCUCUCGCGCGUUCAGGCACAAAUAAUAAAGCGUUAAAACAUCGGCGCGAGUCCCCGAGGAGCGGCUUUGCGUGUGUGCGCGGGGAUUGGCAGCACAACGAGGCUUAUUUACAUUAAAUACGCCACAAGGUUACAGCGCAGAUAGAUGAGCGUCAUUUUUAGCACUCGUUACUCGUGUUAAGCGGCGCUCAGGACGCAGAGCAGGAAACACUCGUUUAUCCCGGACUUUCUGCGGCGAGGAGCGGAGGAGAGGACCGCGCGGCUCACCCAAGGCUCUUGUCGUCCCACCUUCUGUGAAGCUGUCGGCGCUCUUCCUGACACCCGGCGCUCGCUGGAGAGGCGGCAGUCACGCAGGGCUCCCUGAUCAGCGGCGAAUAGAAUCGGAGCUGAAGCCGGCUUACGGCGCUGAGCACACCGUCACCAUCACGCUGUCUAAGAAAGCGCCCCCACCCACCUGCUGAGGUGGCCAUCGCAGUGAGCAGUAGUCAGUGAGGAGUGGCAGCCAGAGGCCUCUUCAUCCUAACAGACAGGUUGCACACCAGUAUGCAGGUGGUGUAUUAAGGAUGGAGGACUCUAGUUUAUGUCUUGGUGUAUCGUCAGUGGUGCCUGACGCCGAAGCCCACCUGAGCAAUGCUGUUCUAAACGGCCGUUACCCAAUCAGUCAAAAGCUCCACCAGCUCACUGCCCAGUUAGGACACGCCUUUCCCGACCUGCACCGCCCACAGCAGAUUCCCGAAGAGAAGGCGGCCACGCCGUUGGAUGAGAAGACACACCACGCAGCCCUGGCCAGUCAACCAAUCAGCAGCCAGAUGGCUCUACUAGCCAAUCAGCUCAAUCGAGACAUAGACGCGGGGGCACUGAGUGGGUUAAACGGGCGUGUCGACCUGCAGCAGUUUCUCAACGGGCAGAACUUGGGCAUCAUGUCCCAGAUGAAUGAUAUCGAAGACGAUGCUCGCAAGAACAGGAAGUACCCGUGCCCGCUGUGUGGCAAGCGCUUCCGUUUCAACAGCAUCCUGUCUCUGCACAUGCGCACACACACGGGAGAGAAGCCAUUCAAGUGCCCCUACUGUGACCACAGAGCGGCCCAAAAGGGCAACCUGAAGAUCCAUCUCCGCACCCACAAACUGGGGAACCUGGGAAAAGGCCGUGGCCGAGUUCGAGAAGAGAACCGGCUGCUGCACGAGCUCGAGGAGAGGGCCAUCCUGAGAGACAAGCAGAUGAGAGGGAGCGGCAGUCUCCUCCAGGCCGCUCAGACGCCACAUCUGGGCCCCAACAGCAGCUCAAACACCCACCAGCAGCAGUUAGGGCCAACCUGCGCCCCCACCCAUUCCUCCGGGCUCGCCACUCCAGACACAGUUUCUCAGCCGUCUUCCUCACCCAAGCCGGCCGGCGCUCAGGACGACCAGUCUCUGAACCCUACUGUGGGCUUCCGCUGUACCUUCUGCAAAGGGAAGUUCAAGAAGCGCGAGGAGCUGGACCGUCACAUCCGCAUUCUCCACAAGCCCUACAAAUGCACUCUGUGCGAGUUCGCCGCCUCCCACGAGGAAGAGCUGAUAAGCCACGUGGAGAAGGCCCACAUCACAGCCGAGACCACGCAGGGCCAGGGUUCUGGUGGCUCCGGGGGCAUGCAGAUGGCCACCGAGUUUCGCUGCGAGGUCUGCGGCCAGGUGUUCAGCCAAGCCUGGUUCCUCAAGGGCCACAUGAGAAAGCACAAGGAGUCCUUUGAACACUGCUGCCAAAUCUGUGGCCGUCGCUUUAAGGAACCCUGGUUCCUCAAGAACCACAUGAAGGUGCAUCUGAACAAGCUGGCCAUCAAGAGCAAGCCACCCCAGCCCAGUGAGCAGGACAUGGCCGCCGUCAACAGCAUGAGCAAUCUGGCUCAGGAAGCCCAUGCCAACCUUUAUUCCCGCUACAUUUCCUGUCUCCAGGGAGGCUUCCUUUCACCAGACAAGCAGGGCCUCAGCGAGCAGCACCAGAUGUUGGCUAAAGCGGGGAUAGCCAUGAAGGAAAAGGAGAUGUUAGGAAAGCUGCUUGGACCCAUGGCAGGUGCAAUAGGCCACGGGCUAGGUGAAAACGAGAAGCGCUCCCUCCUCGGCUGUCUCAACCUCGUUCCACCGCUCAAGUCGAGCUGCAUGGAGCGCCUCCAGGCGGCUGCAAAGGUGGCAGAGAUGGACUCGAUCAAUAGCUACCAAGCCUGGCAGAUAAUGGCUCGAGGAAUGGCUAUGGACAGGGCUUUCAUGCCCAAGGAUCAGCAGCAGCAGCACCAUAUAACCCCGGGGCAGGAAGACGAGAUGGCUGGUGCGGGCUCCUUGGCUUCCUUCUCAAAGGAGAAACAAGACUACUCCUUGAUUGCUUCCGGCGAUAGCUCCAAGCAGAAGCAGCUCUCCGAGGCCCUGCAGGGAUCCAAGGCUUCCAGUGGAGCAGUGAUGUCCAUGAAGGAGGAUGGAAGAGGCUUUGACGGUCACCGUGACCUCAUGUCCCACCACGGUAGUGCUGAGGCUCCUGGAGCCCUGGCUGGCUUGGGAAGCCCAAACAUUGACUACAGCCUCUCCGGCCUGUCCGGCCUGAAGGAGAAGCCUUCCGAGUGCCCAGACUGCGGACGUGUCUUCAGAACCUACCAUCAAAUGGUCGUCCACUCGCGAAUCCACGGUAAAGACAGGCGAGGCAUUGACGAGGCACUUCAGCAAGGACUGGAUGAACGCCGUGGAUCGGCCAGUGACCCCGAGUCCCAGUCCAUCAGCCGCUCCACCACUCCCGGUUCAUCCAAUGUGACAGAGGAGAGUGGCGUUGGCGGGGGACAUUCCCAGACGGGAAGCAUCCAGGACGACAGCCCCCAUCCCUCCUCACCAUCUUCAGAUGUUGGCGAGGACUUGGUGAAGACAGCGGGGAGCAUCCAGCCGCCUCUGCCCCAGCAUCGAGAGCGCUCCCUGGCCUCGUCCUCCAAGGACUGCCCUUACUGCGGCAAGUCCUUCCGCACCUCCCAUCACCUGAAGGUCCACCUGCGGAUACACACAGGAGAGAAACCCUACCGCUGCCCUCAUUGCGACUACGCCGGCACCCAGUCUGCCAGUCUCAAGUACCACCUGGAGCGCCACCACCGCGAACGGCAGAACGGCUCCACCACGUCGGGCUCCUCCUCUGGCCACACCCCUUCUUCUGACCACAAAGAGGAUCAUGGGAAGACGGGCGGAGGCAUCUUUGCCCGACCGGACGUCCUCCGUAGUGUUUUCAAGAGCAUGCCCCCCAACCUGGACUUCAGGGCAGGGCCGCUACUGCCGCAUCAGUGGGCGUCGGCUCCCAUCGUGUCCUCUCACAACCGGGAUCGUGACUGUGGGGACCGCCGCUUUGACUCCGCCUCUUCAGCUGAGAACACGAAGACUGCCGAUGGACCUUCCACCAUAGUCUCUGCGGACGGCGCCGCCAGCUUCUCUGACCUAAGCCGGGCUUACCAAAGCAUGAUGGGAAACGGAGUCCACUUUCAGGGUUCUCUCCAGGCUUUCAUGGACAACUUUGUCCUCGGCUCCAUGAAGAAGGAUGUGAAGGACAGCCAGAGUCCAGCCCAGCUCCAGGCCCAGCGCUACCAUGACAACGGCGAGCCCAAAGCCAAGAGGGCCGUCUCCGGGGAGCAGGACAGAGAGGAGAAGACUGAACCCAAACAAAACUCGGAGCCGGGCAAACCCGGGUCCCAGUACGAGCCGCUCGAUCUGUCCGUGUCGGUCCGACCCGAGUCUGCAUCCGGGUCACUCCCCGGCACCUCCGUCACCAUUCACGAUAACGUGGCGUGGCACGGGUGCCUCUUCUGCUCCUUCUCCACCUCCUCAUUGGAGCUCAUGGCUCUGCACCUCCAGGCCAACCACCUGGGCAAAGCCCCUCUGCAGCACGCCGACGCAGGCAAGGACGCUCACCGAGAGGGUUCUCCGACCACCUCCGCCCUUCACUCCUCCAACACCAAGGCCUCGGGCGUGGCCCCGGAGAGAGAUGGAGACAGAGAUGGAGAAAAAGGCCCGGGAGGCUGGAAUAACCACAUGGAGCAGCCGUAUAACCCGUUCCAGAGUGAAUUCUACAGAAGGUUUGGUGGCUUGUACGAUGGAUCCCCAAGAGUCAGUCAGGGCCUUCAGGGGUAUCUCGCCCAAGCAGACCACGGCCUGGACCUGCCCAGCCAGGUCUUCGGAGGGGCCUCUUCAGCCGGCCCCGACCAGGUGGGCGACAGGGGCUCCUGUGGAGAUGCUGAAGAUGACCAAGUCGGAUCUGAAGACGAGGCUGGAAAAACCGGCGUGCGCAGCACCAACGAGACCCCGUCGACCACACCCAAGAGACGGCAGCAAAACCACUCUGACGAAGACGAGGAGGAGGGAGGAGUGGCUGAAGAAGAGGAGGAAAGAGACGAGGAUGGGCAGAUGGACGUGGACAGAGAGGAAGAAGGAAGUCCCAAACAGCUCCAAGAUGACUCCUCUCUGCCCCCGAGGAGCGGAGCGGCCAUGGCGACGCCGUCCUCCGCCAUGACUCCACUUUCUCUGGUUCCUCCGCCCCAGAACCAGACUCUGCCGCUGGAGAAGCAGUGGCAGCAGGGCUUGGGCCUCCUAACCCCCGGAGGUCCUCCAGGACUGUUGAAGGCGGAGCAGCAGACCCACCUGGAGCAGCAGAUGAACAUGCUGUCUGUCCUGAGAGCCUACAGCAACGACAGCCUCCCUGCGUUCAACGGCCUGGGCGGCGGAGCGGGCGGGGCGCCCCCGGGGGGCAUGAAGAGGUCGGACGCACCUGUGCAUCUGUGGGUAGGAGAGGAGGACCAGCCCAUGACCCAUGACCCCACGCUGACCCUCGACCCCAACCAUCUUAACAGCGACCUUAACAACCACCCUAACAACCAUAAUGUAGGCGACGCCCACGCUGUAAACAAAGAGUAACGGCCGCGGCGGAGCGAGCGGACGCUGAGGAUGGAGGCGGUGAUGAGGAGGAUGAAGGUUAACGAAGGACACACUAUAUCAGAGACUUUAUUUAAGAUGAGAAAACACAAACUACCGUCAGAGCGGCGCCACGUGGACCUAAUGACUCUCACAGCCUCCCGGACACUAACGCAGUGGACUUCCUGUUUGUCUCUGGCGCUCUGAGCGCCCUCCCCACCCCCCGACCCCGUCUUCUCUUCUUCUUCUCCUUGUUUUCUUUGGAUGAAACUACCUGUUAGCACUUCCUGUAAGUGUCCCUGAAACAUUCCUCAGCUUAGAGACGCUGUGUCCUUUUUUAAGGUGUAAACUUUAAAUCUGCACAUUCCCGCCAUGCAGAGGAGUGGCUGCCCGCAGGCCACGCCUCCCGGCGACGGUGGCGCAAGGAUGAUGCGCGCGUACAGGUUCAGCCCCUCCUUCCGCCUCCGUCUGUUUUUCUGUACCGUACUGUUGUCGCCGCUGCCGUCGCCGCCGCCGUCGUCUCGAGAGAGCGACGGCAAGAGGCAACCGUUUGAGAAGCGGGCGGCGUUUUCAAGCGCCGCGUCCUGUGGAGCUGCGGCCGUGUGUAAAAUACUGCCACCAUCUUUGUUGCACAGUGUUACCGACUACUGAAGACGACGCUUCGAUGUAUUUACUUUACGAGGAAAAAAAGAAAAACUGGAAAAUGCUUAUUGUGUAUAGCCUUAGAAACACGUCCCCGUUACUGCUUCAAAGCUCCGUAGCUGUGCUCGACCGUAGGCGUAGGGUUGAUUUUCUUUGGAUCUUCAUAUGUACUGUACAUGAAUAAUGCCUUGUCCAUUUACCGAUGAGAAAAAAAGAGGAAAAAGAUGACAAUCGUCUCCUGUGCUGCAGACAUAUUUGCCCCGCCCCCUCCCCGUAUAUACAGAAUCAUUAUGCAUAGAGGGACUCGUCCUUUCUUCUUUCUUUGAUUCGUUUCGAUCUCCCGAGUAUUUUGCACUGUGACAGUAUUAUAAAUCCAACCUAUACAGUACAAACUAGCUAACUAACUAAAUGAAGGUGUGUGUUUGUGUGUCCCUUGGCAUUGUGAAAUGUUUCUACGUCAUUUUUUGUGAACCCAGAGAAAAGUCUAAAGCGGUAUGUACAGUCCAACUAUAAGACUUCUUUUUUAGUUACUGUUCGUGGCUUCUUUUGUAUGCUGACCCCUGACCCCUCCCGACCCUCAGCGUAGGCCUGCUGCUGCUUGAGCCCGGCUGAUCGUUCUCUGCAGUAUAUCCUCCCGUUUUUGUUUCUUUGAUUUAUGUAGAUGGCAGUAAUCUUUGAAAACAGAGGAAAUCAAACUAGUGAGAGUGAGACGCAAGGAGGAAAUGCUCGAGGCGCUUCGGAAGCGACCUCCGACCUUGCUCUCUGUUUUCCAGCCGUGUAAAGAUUCAUCUCUGAACCAGCUCCGAUGAUCAUUCCACCCCACGUAUGAUGUACAAACCUGUCUUGUGAGCUCCACACUUUUCUGUUUGCUGUAUCCUCAUGGCAGAUGCUUCGUUUUGUAACUACUGAACUGUACUUAUAA